AGGUUGCAGGUCAUCCCCAAUUCACAUAAAGCUUAUUGAAGGCAGCAGUCUUUCUUCACCCAAUUCAAAGUUCAAAGUUCAAAGUUUUAAAGUUCAAACAUUCAUAAUUCUGCAUCACUUAUUAGUACUUAAAAUUACUAAACGUCUAAACCUAGGGCUCCUUCUGUUAACUGUUUAUCUCUCUGAUUUGUUUUUCCUUAUCGAAGAAGUAUCGGGAACCAAAAAUGGUGUCACAGGAUUACUUGCAGAAAAUGGAGAUCCGGCAAAAUUUCCGUAACCUAUGGCACACUGAUCUCCUUCGCACCAUUCAGGCCGACACUCCUUAUUGCUGCUUAUCUUUGUUCUGUGGGCCAUGUGUAUCAUAUAUGUUACGAAAACGUGCUCUUUACAAUGAUAUGUCAAGAUAUGUAUGUUGUGCUGGUUAUAUGCCUUGUAGUGGUCGAUGUGGUGAGGGUCGCUGUCCUGAAGUUUGUCUUGCCACUGAGGUCAUAUGCUGCUUUGCAAAUUCAGUGGCCUCUACACGUUUUAUGUUACAGGAUGAGUUCAACAUACAGACAACACAAUGUGAUAACUGCAUAAUUGGUUUUAUGUUCUGCCUGAGCCAACUUGCAUGCAUAUUUUCCAUCAUAGCAAUGAUUGUGGGAAGUCAAGAAAUCCAAGAAGCGUCGCAGUUGUUGACUUGCCUUUCUGAUAUCGUUUACUGCUCUGUUUGUGCUUGUAUGCAGACACAACACAAGAUUGAGAUGGACAAGCGCGAUGGGAAGUUUGGGCCGCAGCCAAUGGCAGUGCCUCCAGUUCAGCAGAUGUCUCGUAUUGAACAGCCAUAUCCUUCAACUGUUGGAUAUCCACCUCCUCAACCACAAUAUGGUUAUCAACCUCAAGCUAAUCCUCAGCAAGGUUACCCACUGGCUGGUGCUACUUAUCCCCAGCCAGGCUACCCACCAGCUGGCUCUGCUUAUCCUCCCCCUGGCUACCCACCAGCUGGUUAUCCCAAGUGAUGUCUUGUUGCUAGUUCAAGUGUUUUCCAAAACUUGAUUUAUUAUAUCUUGUAAUGUGUUAUUCACUGUUUUUUGUAAAAAAAAUUAUUUUAAUACUUCAAAUAUUUGUGAGUUAAUGAGUUGGGCUUCCAUUGACAACCUCUGAAACUAGGUUAUCUUGCUGCAGUGCUGCUAUUUUAGAUUCUCUCUAUUAAACUUGGGGAAGAUGUGUGAUGUGUAUUUUUUCUUUCUGUAUGUCUGUGGAUUGCUUAAAUUUCGCAUUACUUAUACUGAGAAUCUGAGCAUUUAGAUGA